AUAAUUUCACAACAAAAUCUUCAAAGCUUAAACUCUAAAUCCUAAAUUCUUUGAAAACCCGAAAUUUUCAAUGGCUCGUACAAAGCAAACUGCUCGUAAAUCAACUGGAGGCAAAGCUCCAAGGAAGCAAUUGGCAACAAAAGCUGCCAGGAAAUCUGCUCCAGCUACUGGAGGAGUGAAGAAGCCACACAGAUUCAGGCCAGGUACUGUGGCGCUCAGAGAAAUCCGAAAGUAUCAGAAAUCGACUGAACUCCUCAUUCGAAAGCUUCCGUUCCAGCGUUUGGUUCGUGAGAUUGCUCAGGAUUUCAAGACCGAUCUUCGUUUCCAGAGCUCUGCUGUAGCCGCGCUACAGGAGGCAGCUGAAGCGUAUCUUGUUGGAUUGUUCGAGGAUACCAACCUUUGUGCGAUUCAUGCUAAGAGGGUUACUAUUAUGCCGAAAGAUAUUCAGCUUGCUAGGAGGAUUAGGGGUGAGAGAGCUUAAAAUGGAUUUUCUGGUUGUGGUAGUAGUGGAUUUUGGGUAUAUAGUUGGUGCGUUUUACUGGGUUUUGAAAAUGUGUUGAUUCAGAAUUUUCUCGAUUCUGAAUAUGUAUGAAGUCUUUUUCAAUGAAAUAUCAGUAUCAUUUCGUUCAA